GGAGAGAGCUGUCAGUUCCCACGGUCGGGGGUGGGGGGGGGGAAGGGGGUUGGUGCAGGUGCUCCGCCUCACUCUGCCCGUGUCUCAGUAAUAUCUCUCACUGUUGUCGAUCUUUUUUCGAAAAAAAACUAAAGAAACGAAGAUAUAAUCAUGCCAGAAAAGCCUGUAACAGUCGAUAAACAGCAGAUUUUGCAAGCAGUGGCACGCUUGCAGUCUCAAUUGCGUGAGAAAGGAGAUUCCUCUCAAAAUGAGAAGCUAAAUAUUUUACGUGAUACAAUUACAAGCCCCCUUUUUAAUCAAAUAUUAACUCUUCAGCAGUCGAUCAAACAGCUUAAGGAACAGCUGAAUCGCAUGUCCACAAAUGCAUCUCCUAAUAUUGACUUUUCCCAAGCGGGGCUCUUGGUGUUCAAUGCAGAUUGUUAUGUUAAUAAGCCAACUUUGGCCAAAGAUACAAACCUGUUUCCAGAUACUCCAAUUUAUGACCAACCAAAAUUCCUGCACAUACCUGAAAGAACAAAGGAUGAGUUUGAAAAAAUUAUUCAAAGUUUAGCUCAGGGAAGGCAAGUUGAAGAUAUUGAAUUGAACAAACCGGCAAUGGGAGGUCUAGGAUUCAGUGUGGUUGGUCUUAAAAAUGACAGUAUGGGUGAACUUGGUAUCUUUAUACGAGAAAUACAAAAGAAUAGUAUAGCUGACAGGGAUGGCAGGUUGCAAGAGCAAGACCAGAUAUUGGCCUUGAAUCGUACACCAUUAGAUGAGAACAUUUCCCAUCAAGAAGCCAUUGCAAUGCUUCAGCAGACUCAAGGAUCUGUGCAUUUAGUGGUUGCCAGAGGAUCCCUUCAAAGGAGAUCUGCCAAUUCAGCAGAAAUACCGGACUUGAGCAUCGCUUCACAAUUGGUUCUAGAUCCUUCCAUGAGGGGAAGCAUCAUCUCCACAUCUACCAUUUCAAGACUGCUUACGAUUUUACUUACUGAAAUAAAAUCACGUCUUAUUCCGCUAAACUGCAGUGAUACAAGCCGAGCUUGUCCAACCUUUCUCAUUAAUUGGCAGCAUGUUGAAGAAAUUGAAUUGGUCAGUGAUGGAUCAGGCUUAGGAUUUGGAAUUGUAGGAGGAAAGCCAACAGGAGUAAUUGUGAAAACAGUUGUACCUGGAGGAUUAGCUGAUCGGGAUGGAAGGCUUAGGACUGGUGAUCAUAUUCUCCAGAUUGGAGGUAUUGAUGUCCAGGGAAUGGGAAGUGAACAGAUUGCCCAGUUGUUGAGAAAUUGUGGUAAUCGAGUCCGAAUGGUAGUAGCAAGAGAUGCAUGUGAAGAUCCUUCUUCCAAAUCUUCUGCUUUUGUCCCCACUGUGAUGCCUUCCGAAGACCAUGCCAAUGCUAUUGCUGAAAAUGAUUAUGACGUUGAAAAUGUUGAACUCAAGAGAGAUGGACAAAGCCUUGGCAUUACAGUUGUUGGUUAUGUUGGUGCAUCCCAUGGUGAUACUUCUGGUAUUUUUGUGAAAAGUAUAAUACCAGGAAGUGCAGCAGAGCAGAGUGGACGCAUUCAGGUUCAUGACAGGAUCAUUGCAGUUGAUGGAGUUAAUAUUCAGGAAUUUACAAAUCAAGAAGGGAUUGAUGCUUUACGAAACACUGGGAAAACUGUUAAUCUGACAGUAGCAAGGAAAAAGAUGGAUAGUGUUCAUGGAUAUUUUCAAAAAGCUGAACCAGAUAAUGUAACUCCCAUAGCAAAUGCAGUUAUCACUGAAAGUAGCAUUUGUUCUGUGGUUGGGGAGCAGGGAAGUACACAAACGAAAGAACUGCAAUAUCAAAUUGAUGGAUCCGGAUCUAUUACAAAGAGAGAAGAAUCAAAAUCCAGAUGGGAAAAUUUGUUGGGACCAGAGUAUGAAGUGAUGAUGCUUGAUUUGGAGAUUGACAUUGACCAUGAUAUAGAACUGCAGAAGUACUCCAAGCUGUUACCAGUUCCUACCCUGAGGUUUGGAGUGGAUCUGGACUCUUUUGAUGGACACCAUUGCAUAUCAUCAAUUGUUCCUGAUGGGCCAAUAGGGCAAACUGGAUUAUUACAACUAGAAGAUGAAAUUUUAGAGGUGAAUGGAGCACAGUUGUAUGGAAAAUCUCGGCGUGAGGUGUUUUCCUUUCUGAAAGAAGCUGCUCCUCCGUUUACUUUGGUCUGCUGUCGACGACUAUUUGAAGGUGGAAAAGAGAUGCCCGUGGAUGAACCCAGUAUUAUACAAAGUCCAACAUCCCAGACUGCAGAAAAUGCUGAGCCAGUGAUUAGGCCACCAUCUCCCUGGAACAGUGAAAGUUGUAUGAGCCAGGUGGACUUGGAUUCUGAAGCGGAUUCUGAAGCAAAUGCAGAAGAGGAUGAAGUCGGAGAGUUAGCUUUAUGGACUUCAGAUGUGAAACUGAUUGAACUGAAUAAGGGUUCAAAAGGUUUAGGUUUCAGCAUCCUGGACUACCAGGAUCCUUUAGAUCCCGCACGCACUGUUAUUGUUAUUCGCUCUUUGGUGGCUGGUGGGGUUGCUGAAUGUGAUGGCAGGGUGCUACCCGGGGAUCGGCUCGUCUUUGUGAAUGACUACAAUCUAGAGAAUACUGCUUUGGGGGACGCUGUUCAGGCUCUGAAAGAUGCAUCGACUGGCAUAGUCCGCCUUGGCAUCUGCAAACCAAUGGUGACUGAAGCAAAUGAAAAUGACAAUUCAGACUUGAGUGAUUCAAGUGCUACUACAGAGAAUAUAAAGUCUGAUUUGGAAAUAUCGAACUUUGUCUAUUCCUCAAACCUGCCAGUACCACAUGAAUUCGAAGAUACUUCAUUUUCUGAAGAAGAACUAGUUGAUGAACCUGGGGUGCCUUUACAGUUGUUGAAUUUAAAUCACAGCAAUGCUGCCAGUGAAGCUGAAAGGUUUGCAAGAGGUCAGUGGAAUCCAAGCAGUGAACAGCAAGAAAUGUUGGUGGAUGAAGAGAAUGAGCUGCAUCAAGCGAUGUAUGAAAAUGUUAAUGAGCAGUAUUUAAAUAGUCGACUAGAAUAUUCUGAGCUGACAGACCCAACAAAUGUAAAAACAGAGGAUGAUCAACUACAUUUUUUGCAACAACACAAUGCAAGAGAGUUCAAUGAAGGCUCCUUGUCUUCAUCUACAUAUGCAGAAGGCAAUGACCAAGGGGUGAUGUCCAAAUAUUAUGAAAGAACUGUCACCAUCGUGAGAAAUGGCCUUGACCUAGGAUUGACUGUGAAAAGUGAUCCCAGAGGACCUGGGGCAGUUAUCCAGCACAUUGAUGGAGAAGGAGCUGCUGGAAAAGAUGGAGAGCUUCAGGAAGGAGAUUAUAUUGUUGCAGUGAACAAGGAAUCCAUAAGUGGCCUAAAUUCUGCUCAGAUGCAUUUUGUCUUUGCCAAUUCAGCCUUAACUGAAGAAAUCACAAUUACUUAUGUGCCUGCAAAAGAUAUGGAUCGUUACAAAAGAAGCUCUGCAUUGAAACCAGCUAGAACCCCUAAUGCUACAAUAUUGGCAACAGACUCCAGGCUGAAACCUACUGUCAGUGAAUUACCUGAACGAGAAGAAGGUGAAGGGGAAGAAACCCCAGUAAUGAGCCACUGGGAGGCACCACGACGGGUUGAACUUUGGCGAGAACCAGGAGAGUCACUUGGAAUCAGUAUUGUUGGUGGCAAUAAAGUAAUAAAACGACUAAAAAACGGGGAGGAAUUGAGAGGAAUUUUUAUUAAACAUGUUUUGGAUGACAGUCCAGCUGGAAGAUCGAAAGCUCUGAAGACUGGGGACAAAAUAAUUGAGGUUUCUGGUAUGGACCUGCAGAAUGCCACCCAUGACGAAGCAGUGAAUGCCAUAAAACAUGUGGGAAAUCCAGUUGUUUUUGUUGUUCAAAGCUUAUUGCCUACUCCAAGGCCAUGUUCUGUGCAUCAAAGCAAAUCUGGACAAAGAGGAGAAGGACAAAGGAAUAAACUAGUAAAGAGUUUUCGUCCUGAUAGAGGUGGAAUACCACCACCAAUGCGACUGCCUCCACCUUACAAAGAGCCCAUAAGCAAUCAGCUGUCAAAACCAGAAGAACUGGAAGAGGUCUCAGACACUGACAGUGCUCCAAACAAAGGAGUUGAAAGUGACCCCCAAACUGUUCAGCUACCUGACAACAAAUCACAUUAUUGGGAGGCAGAGGAGCUGUAUCAUUGA